AUGGCAGAGGCAAGGGGAGGCCUUGGGCUGUUCCACGCAGGUGAUUGCCAGCAGCCAGCUCAGUGUCGAAUCCAGAAAUGUACCACGGAUUUUGUGUCCCUCACUUCACACCUGAACUCUGCCGCUGAUGGCUUUGACUCCGAGUUUUGCAAGGCCCUCCGUGCCUAUGCCGGCUGCACCCAGCGAACUUCAAAAGCCUGCCGCGGCAACCUGGUGUACCACUCUGCUGUGCUAGGUAUCAGUGACCUCAUGAGCCAGCGGAACUGUUCCAAGGAUGGACCCACAUCCUCUACCAACCCAGAAGUGACCCAUGACCCUUGUAACUACCACGGCCACGGAGGAGUCAGAGAACACAGGGGAGGGGACCAGAGCCCUCCCAAUUACCUUUUCUGCGGCUUAUUUGGAGACCCUCAUCUUAGAACUUUCAAGGACCACUUCCAGACAUGCAAAGUGGAAGGGGCCUGGCCCCUCAUAGACAAUAAUUACCUUUCUGUUCAAGUGACGAAUGUGCCGGUGGUCCCUGGAUCCAGCGCCACUGCCACCAACAAGAUCACUAUCAUCUUCAAAGCACACCACGAGUGUACGGAUCAGAAAGUGUACCAAGCUGUGACAGAUGACCUGCCAGCGGCCUUUGUGGACGGCACCACCAGUGGCGGGGAUGGUGAUAUCAAGAGCCUUCACAUCGUGGAGAGGGAGAGUGGCCGUUACGUAGAGAUGCAUGCCCGCUACAUAGGCACCACAGUGUUUGUAAGGCAGCUGGGUCGCUACCUAACCCUUGCCAUCCGAAUGCCCGAAGACUUGGCCAUGUCCUAUGAGGAAAGCCAGGACCUGCAGCUGUGUGUGAACGGCUGCCCCACGAGUGAAUGCAUUGAUGAUGGACAAGGCCAGGUGUCUGCUAUCCUGGGGCACAGCUUGCCACACACCACCUCAGCACAGGCCUGGCCUGGCUACACACUGGAGACUGCCAGCACCCAAUGCCAUGAGAAGAUGCCGGUGAAGGACAUCUACUUCCAGUCUUGUGUCUUUGACCUGCUCACCACUGGUGAUGCCAACUUUACUGCUGCAGCCCACAGUGCCUUGGCGGACGUGGAAGCCCUGCACCCCAGGAAGGAACGCUGGCACAUCUUCCCCAGCAGCAGCCGCGCAGGACGCUCUGAUUUGUCUGUUGGUCUUGGACUCACAUGCCUGGUCCUUAUUGUGUUUUUGUAGGGGUUGUUUGUUUUUUGUUUUGGUUUGUUUUGUUUUUUCUGGUUUUUUUUGUCUAUAACAAAAUUUUAAAUAUAUAUUGUCAUAAUAUAUUGAGUGAAAGAGUAUAUAUAUGUAUAUACCAUGUAUAUGACAGAUGUUUGUCCUGGAACACCAGAUUGUACAUUAUGUGUUUGGCUGUUUUCACAUAUGUUGGUUGUAGUGUUUUUUUGAUUGUAUCAAUUUUAUUUUGCAGUUUUGUGAAAUGUUUUAUAAUGUCCCUGCGUAGGGACCUCUUAGAAAGCACUUUAUUUUUUAUAUAUUAAAUAUUUAUGUGUGUACCUGGCUAAUAUGUACAGUACAUAUACACAGACACCACAACAGUCCAUUUGAAGGUGACCAGUUUGUAGCUACUCUGGGUGUUCCUCCUGCACUUCCCAUUGCUACUGAUUUGCCAAGGUACACAGUUCCUGAUGGAGCUGUCUCCCUUCCUGAAGUGUCAAUUUGAGAGGAAAGUAAGUACUUUUGAUUCUUAAAACACGGAUCUCACUUAAGAGCCCUGUUUCUAGCAGCUCACUUUCUCAGAACAUGGGGACAGUAUUGCUACAGCUGCAGUCCUUCUUACUCUGAUUAUGACAUUUGAGCACAUGUGGCCUCUGAGGUUGACCCUUCUAAAACUGCCGUUAGUGAAGCACGGUUCUGGGGAUGGCUGUUUCAAGUAGAUCCCAGGCAUCUUGCUACGCCCGAUCUAGCCCCCAUCCCUGUUUAAAUCGUAAUUUCCCCUCCUUUAACUCUUUAAGGAAAACCGAAUCAUAACUUAGUAGAUUUCAUGCCUUGCUCUCCCUCUCUGCAGCUUGUAGAAAUCAUGUUCUUAACUCCCUCCUCCCUGGCUACUUGAAAUCCUAAUGGUGCUCUCCUGCUCCACCCCAAUGUCUCCUUCACCACACUUCAGGAUUCUAAACUCUGGCUGUUAGUCUUCCUCUGAUAUAAGGUCCAAGUGUAGGGCCUUGAGAACAGGAAAUCUUCCACUUGCCUGUGGAUGCUGGUGAGUCUGAUGUUUGUUAACUAGGCAUUGUACUGCCCAAGUAGCCUCUGUCUUUUCAGCUCUGCCAUCGUAACACCUGUAGUCACUUAGUGAAAUCCCCAUAUGGUAAAGUCUCUCCUUGCCUCUGCCACCCCAUUGUUGGUACCAACUGUUAAGGGCUGUGAGAGUAGCAGAGUUAACUCCUGAAUAGAUAGGUUUGUAUUAUUAUAUCUAAAUGUGAGUGUUUGGUUCCAAGAAGUAAUACAAUUUGUGUUCCAAUAUUUAAGGUUUACAUUAAUGCAAGCAAAAGAUACGAACUUUAAAUACUGGAGUGAUUUAGGCCAUGGUGAUACCUUUUGCCAUGUCCUGUUGACACGCUCAGGCUGGCAUUAGGAAAGGGUAUCACGUUGUAAAGUUGUAUUUCCUAGAGAAGUGAUAAUCGUCACAGAGUGGGAUUGUGUGUUUAUCUAGAAGCGGCAAACCCUUACCUUGGGUGAAAUUAUGAAGGCAUCCUUAAAAGCUGAACUCCAGAGAGCUGGAAUCUAACCCUGUUUAAAAAAGGGGGGGGGGGUCUUUUUAAGAAAGCUAGAUUAGGACCUUCCAACCCUGAAAGCAUGGCCACUUUUGUUCAUCUGUCGAGUCAUUAACCAGAAUCCAUCACUAGCUAGUAACUUGUAAUUGAGUAGAACAAGGAAGGAGAGAUGUCAGCUACUUUUAACCACUAUUUUUGUGCAAAUAGUAUAAAGGAAAAAAAAUAGAAGUUUCUACAGUGUCUGGCUUUAGAGUGUGAUUGAUAGAUAUACCCUUAUCCUUUUGCGAGGAGAACAAGACCACCACCUCUACUCAUAGUUUGGGAAUGGAAGUUUGCUUAGCGGGAAAGGGUGCCCGUGAGAUGUACUACAACAGUAGUAUUAGUAAUAGAGUCUGGUGCGUUGUUCUCCCUAAUAAUAAGUGUCUAUAUGACCUUGACAGUCCCCACAGAUAACUUUUAAAAGUAAAGUAUUUCUGUCGAGAAGGGCCAGGUUUUCUUUGGGGUUUCUAAGAACACACUGCUUGCACUUGCUUCGUGAAGUCCUUAGCCAAAAGAAUUUCAGACCAUGCCAGCAUACGAAUAGGCUACAGACCAUGCCAGCAUAUGAAUAGGCUACAGCUUGCCACAGAUCUCCUGGGAGAGCUUAAUGGGCUACAGCACUGGUUUUUCACAGAGCCAUGUGGCUACUUUAGAGAAGACUCAAAAAACACCUUUUCCCCCUUCACUGUGCUUGGAAACUUCCCACAUUGUGCCGAGUCUUUCCAGAGAAACCUGUAGACGUGGUUUGUAGGCGUAUGAGUAUCUGUAAAAACAGUGAGUGUGCAGUGUGUAAAUACUUUAAAUUAUUAUGCUAGAAAAAAAUAAAGUUACAGACCGUGCUGUCGAAUGUUUGUUCUGUGGUGGUAGUGACACCUGCUGGAAGAGCUGAGGAGCCUCUGCAGAAGCCAAGGAGUAAGGGAGUUAAAAUCCCCAUAGUUUUCGACAACAUGGACUCCUUGCCCCUGUAGCUCAUUUGACUGCUACUGUAGUUCUUUUUUCCUUUUAUAACUUUUAAGCAAUUACAAAUAAAGCAGUGUCUGUGAGACUGACCGCUCGUCCUAAAGUUCUGUCUGUAAUGAGUAGCUUUGCCCCUUGACGCUGCACGCUGGGUCUUCUGAACAUCUGGGAUGCACAACUUAACCAUGAUGGAAAGAUGUGGGAGGUAAGGCUAUUUUUGGUCCUUGAAACCUUGCUAACCCUUACUUCCUGGGUGUUUUAAAGGGAGGUGCCAUGUGAUUAUAAAUUAAUUGUGUUAAAUAAAUGGAGGGUAGAAGAGUCUGGAAACAAAAACUCAGGAAAGCACCUGCUCUCACUAGGCAGUAUCCUAAAUGCAGUAAACCUGGGGGUUGUCAGGGUGGAGGGAGACACAUAAUUCUUGACUAGAGUGCUUGCUGUGUGUAUAACAGUUCAGAGCACGGAAAUGGGAAGCCUUAUGUCAGCUGGAUCAUGCGAGCUACAGAAACCAGGGCUACAGUUUCUGGGUGCUGAAUAGAUGCCAUCUGUAUAACAAGAGUUCAUACUUCCACAAUUCCGUUCACAUCUGACCUCCAGCUUUCCAGAGACCAAAACUAGAGAAAUUCUUAAAAACUCAAGACAGAUUUCCAUUUUCUUAAACAAGUGAUUUUGAGUUUCCUUAAAAAAUCCAAGAAUUCUGUUAGUUGCCUAAUUUAUUUUAAAAAAAAAAAGUAUAUUGAUGCUAUUUUAUAGCCUAGAGUGGACAAGGGUAAAACAGUCUUUGAUUCAUACAGACUUCCCCUGUGUUCUUGUAACCAAAUGUCUGUUUCUCUGUGAAUCAAGCAAUGCCUCUACACCCCCAAGAAGGUAAACAAAAGAAGUUCAAAAUUCUAUUUCUACUUCUGUUUUCUGUAUGUCUUAAAACAAGAAAUUAAUUCAAUAGUGUUUUUUUUUAAUUCACUAUUCUCCCCACCCCACCCACCGCCCCAGAGAACCUCUAGUAAGAUGUUUCAAACCGUCAACUAAAUAAUACAGUGUCCCCUCCACCUUUGAAUGUGUUGCCAGUGUGUUUGGAGUGGUGAUGUUUGUGAAUGGCUUGCAGAUUAACAGAGACUGGCAAACAGGGCCAGAAGGACAUACUACACAUGGUCAGGUCUCACUCUGUUUUCAUUAGAAUGAUAUCAAAUCAACUGAGCAAACUGAUUCUGUUAACCAAAACAUAUUAAUGUAGAUCUGUCACACUACCAUUAGAAGACAAUAAACAUGUACCAAUAUUUCCUAAUUGAAGGGUCUUUUCUUUAUGUUUGUGAGCCCAGCCCUUUAAUGACUGAGCUAUCUCUCCAACCCCUAACUUAUUUUUUUAAAUGGGUAAUACAUCUGUGGUCUUUUUUUUUAAUUCAAAAAUUAAAACUUCACAAGUGAAAAAAUGAAAACUCCACAAAUGAUUGGCAAAGUAAAAAUGCACCUGACAGAAUAAGCAAUCUUUACAACUAGGGCUAUUUCAAGGCCUGGGAAGAUAGUCAAGUGUUUGCCACACAGUCAUGAGGACCUGGGUUCAGAUCAGAUGCAGUGGCUCAUGUUGAUGAUUCCAGUUCUGGGGACAUGAGGCCAGGAUUAACUCUGAACGGACCAGCCAGCCUCACUGAAUUGGUGUGCUCCAUGUUUAGUGAAAGAUGCUGUUGCAAAUGACGAUAAUAAGCCGUAGAGGGUGACACCUAGUGUUACCUCUGGUCAUUACAUGCAUGUCCAUACACAUCUACAGAACACUACAUAUACCACACACCAAGAAAAAACUGAUGGUACACGUAAGAAUGACCACCAUAGACACAUACAUGUGAAUGCUUGAUCCACAGCUGAUGGAACUGCUUAGGAAGAGUUAGGAGGUAUGUCACUGGGCUUUGAGGUUUUAAAAGCCCAGGCCUUUCCAUUCUCUUGCUCUCUCUGCCUCCUGCUUAUGGGUCAGAUGUAAGGUCUCAGCCUCUGUUCCAGCACUAUAUCUGCCUAUCUGUUGCUGUAUUCUGCCAUGAUGGUCAUAGACUCAACCCUCUGGAACUGUAAGCAAACCCCCCAAUAAACUCUUCUAUAAGUUGUC